UCAGCCCCUACUAGUAAGUCAGGUCUGCAUCACCACCCAGGCAUGAAUGGGUCUGUUUUGAACACAAGUGGAGAUGUAAAUGUAUCCUUGAACAGUCAAAGCACAGUGUUGAAAAGUGCUGAAGAAAAGCCUCCUACAAAGGGAGGUCACCAGGCAUCAAGCCAGAACAAUAUUGGCCAAAUGACUCUACCUAUGACUGAUCAUAAGGAAGAAACUCAGGAGAUGAAGACAAGGGCCCAAAUAAAUAUAGGUGACAAGGAAGAUAAUUCUAACACUGGUGGACCUGCCAUGCUCUUGACAGCAGAGGAAAAGCAAAAAGAAAUAGAUGAGGAAUAUGAGUACAGUGAUGACUUUGAAGAAGAUGAUGAAGAUGAUUAUGAUAACAGUGGGGAAGAGUCUGAUGUAGAAGACAAUGCUGAGCUUUACCCAAGUUUGCGAAUGAGACGACAGUCUAACCCACAAUUACCUGAGACCGUCACUACACUGGAGACUGACCAUGGCAGUAAGGUGUAUGUGGUUGGCACUGCUCACUUCAGUCUGGAGAGUCAACAGGAUGUUGCACAGGUAAUUUCCGCAACACAGCCUGAUGUGGUAAUGGUAGAACUGUGUAACAGUCGGGUCAAUAUUCUGCAACUUGAUGAAGAGACUUUACUGGCGGAGGCUAGGAACAUUAACAUGGAUAAAAUCAAGACUGCCAUUAAACAGAGUGGUUUAGUUCAGGGUAUUAUGCACUUGUUACUGCUGAGUAUGUCUGCACACCUGACCAAACAGCUGGGGAUGGCCCCAGGUGGGGAAUUCCGAAAGGCAUUCACAGAGGCCCAGAAAAUUCCUGGUUGUCGCAUACAACUUGGCGAUCGGCCAAUCCAGAUCACCCUCAGGAGGGCCCUUGGGUCUCUGUCAUGGUGGCAGAAGUUACGACUGGCCUGGUAUAUGAUAACUAGUAAAGAACCCAUCAGCAAAGAGGAAGUUGAGAAGUGUAAGCAGAAAGAUCUGCUGGAACAAAUGCUCAAGGAGAUGACAGGGGAGUUCCCUGCCCUUAGUCAGGUUUUUGUCCAAGAGAGGGACAUGUUUCUUGCAAACUCACUGAGAUUAGCAGCUCAGCCCAUUCCACAUCCAGACUCCCCCACAGGUUAUGUCCCAGCCAUUGUCGUUGGUGUUGUGGGCAUUGGGCAUGUUCCUGGCAUAAAGGCUAACUGGGACAAGGAGCACAACAUCAGGGAAAUUAUGAGUGUUCCGGAGGCCUCAUCAUUCAGUCAUAUUUUACGCUGGGGAUUCCGGGCCAGUCUUGUGUGCAUUCUCUCCUACGGUUGCUACAGGUUCAUACGAUGGACAGCAGAUAUCGUAUUGUGAUAAAACGUGUAAAUAGGGAUAUUACAUUAUCUAAUGUUCCUUGCAGUGAGUAGACAGGAAAUGUGAAGCACCACACCAUUUUCUGGUAUAUCUCACUUCUGCACCCUGCUGCAAUGACAAACAAUGUCUCUGAUCUAUACUUAUUGUUUCCGGGGAAACUGCUGUGUUCAUUUGCAUGUUUGAUAUGGUAUUUCCAUGAACUGUCUUUUGUAUCCCUAGGAUACCUGGUCCAGCUUAUAAAUGUGCAGUCAAUUGAGAUAUUUUGUGAGUCACUAUUUGUAGUCACUGUCUCACAGUUAAUUUAUUAUUAAACCCAAAUUGCAAUACAACAGCUUGGUUAAUAUUCACACAGCAACUUUUUCAGCACAGUAUGGUGCAUUGUAAACAUUUUGGGUCAGCCUUCGUCAUUUUUGUCAUGACAUACAUUAUGCAUGACAUACAUUGUAGACUUGUCAUCUCCUUAUGCAAUCUUUUGGAAAUUUUUUUGUGGUCUGUUUAUUGUUUGUUUUUUGCUUGUUUGUUUAUGAAAGUACUUGUAACUGGCUAAAUAUGAGUGGAAGCCACCUUUUACUCUUGUCAGAUACUUAGUUUGAGCCGACAUGAUUAACACUUGGUAAAUGUAAAUGUCAUAAAUCAUGUGAUGGUAAUAUAUCCAGUUUACCUCACUCAAUGGGGUUACCUGUUAUCACAUCUGGCAAGUCAUAGAAACAGCCAAACACUGAUCGUUUCAUGUUCUAGUGUAGAAAAUAUGGGCCAUCAUUCAUAAUUUAUUGUGAUAGAACAUGUUCUUUGUCCAGCUUGGUUUGAUAGAAAGUUUAAAGAAAUCAGAUGUCUGCAAAUCUUAUGGUUUCCAGUUAUGUGGUCAGAUAAAAUAUAAAGGAGUUGUACCUUUUGUUUUAUACCUUACUAAAAUAGCAUUGGAUUUCAAGUGCUUCUCUGAAGUUCUGAAUGCAAAUAUAUUUGUGAUAAAGAUUUGAUAGCAAAAGAUGUCAUAAAUAUGAUAAAAGCAUUAUGUCUACUGUUUACUAUAACAGUUUUCUAAAUUUAUAGACUUGAAAUUUCUUUUUUACAUUGCUGAAGUUUGAGUGCUGCAUGAAAUGUAUUGAAAAUUUUGUGAAGCUGGUUUAAAUAUUUGUUUGAGCAUGAUGACUAUUUUAGUUUAUUUAGUGUGAUUAUAUAUUAUUUCUAAAGGGACACAUUGACUUCAUUGUAUGAAAGAUGUCAUGUGUAAUGGUUUGUCAUUCUUUUUCGUUUAGAUGGGGGUUGCAGGAGUGAAGGGUUAGGGUCGUGGUUGGACAGCAGGUUCCAAUACGUAGCUGAUUGUACUGUACAGUUACGUGCACAAACACUAAUUCUUAUAACAUGCACCGGUUUGUCAGAGACCAGACCAGGAACUUGAUCUUGGUAUUUGGCUAUGAUAAGAAUCUCUAUUUUUGCAAGUAACAAAAGAGAAUUUUUGUAUUCAAUUGGGAUAUAAAUCUUAGCAUGAUGUGUGAUGAAUGAGCAUAAUGCUAUCUAUGAAGAUGUCACUAUGAUUUACUAUUGAUUUGCAGCUGUUCAUGCAGGAUGUUACUAUGUCUAUCAAUUUAGCUUGAUGGGUUUAGUUUUUCAAGACAUUUGAGUAAUUCAGAGAGGGGAUGUUGGUUUCAGAUUGUUGUUUGUGACUUUAGCUUUUUUUUUUUUUUUGUAACGUAUGCAUUCAUGUAAAAAAUGGAUACAUGAUGGAGAAAAUCCUAAAAAAUAAGACAAAUUUCUGGUUCAAUAGAGGACCUUAGGAAACGGUUCAUAUGUUAGCUUGCAUCUAUUCGGUCAAGGCUUGCAUGUUUUGCAUAGUGUAAUGGAUUGGCAGAUCUCAAGUAAUUUGAUCAUAUAUGUAGAUAUAGAACAUCACAAGUCAUUCAGUCUUAGAACUGUUUUUUGGGGGAUAUUUUUUUUGGCUUUUGUUGUCUGUUUUAUACGUACACUAAGUUUUACACACGCUGAUGUUGUGUACAUGAUGUUCAAGUCCAAACUGAAAUAAUCACCUUAUUUGUCCUUCUUAAACACCUCUGUACUGGACCCUGUAUGAUGCUGUAAAGUUAAGGGAAAUGUGUUGACUCCCAUUGAGAGCAUAUUUAUUGCCAUAUUUCAGCGUCUAGGAAAAUUCACAUCUAUAUGUAAUGGAUUCUGUUAAACUGAGUACCUUAAGAUUGUGAGGAAAGGGUUGACUCUAUCAGGGUUUCCUUGUAUUUAUGCAGGCCUACCUCUUCUGUGUAGAGCAUCCAAGUGUGACGUUCUUGUCUGAAGGUAAAAUAUAUACUGAUAAAAAGUGUUGAUGAACAACAUUUGCUUUAUUUAUUUUAUAGUCAAAAGAGGGAGAUAUCUUGGGUCCACUUGUUUGAAAGUGUAACAAACUGUAUGGGAGCACUAACCUAAGUCAUCAAUGUGCAGUCAAUCACUUAUGUCAGACCAGUGAAGUAUAACUUAAGAUGCUAUUUGAAAACAUUAUUUUGAAGAUUAAAUGUUAUGUUCAGUUUGGGGCACAUGUGAACUUUAAAGAAAUUAUGAAAUAACCUGUCCCGAUCAAAUAACAUUCCUGUAAUAUUCCUCAAAAGAAACGCAAGGUCAUGGGGAAGUCUGCAUAGUAUUUAGGACAAUUCACUAUUUAAGAUAAUAAAGAUGUAGUAGUUUUCAUCUAUAUUUAUUUUCCCCUUCAAUUUUUUUUUUGGGGACAUAUGAAUCCCAAAUGAUUGUAUAGUUAAAUGUGGUAAGUCAUCAAAGAUAUCUGAUCUACUCCUCCCACCCUCCCCUGAAUUAUGAAAGCAGACCUACACAUAAGCAGCAGCUUUUAUUGUGAAAAACCCAUGGAAUUAUACAUGAAAAUUAGAUUCGGCUGGUAGGAGUCAAAAAAAAAAAAAAAGAAACCAUUGCACAACCACAUCUAUUUUGUUAAAACUUUAGUGGACUGAAAGUCCAAAUUGUCAGAUAUGUGACAAAACUUGAUUGCAUUGUUUUCAAUAAAACCACUUUUUUCAUGUGGUUCAGGGAUAUAUUUAUUACCUGAGGUGUGUUACAGAAUUGCAUUAUAUUUUUUCUUUGUUUUUUGGUUUCAAAUAUUUCAAAGAUUAAUUUAUGUGUUUUUCUUUUGUGUUUUAACUUUGUGUUGAAAAAAAAAUAUUUAUAUAACUAGACCUUCAAAAUAAAAUCCUAUG